UUAGAACGCAGUGAUGUAUACUUCAAACCCCGCAGAAUCAUUCAAAGCAUCGAACCGUUGUCACAUCUCAUAUAUGUCGACAAUUAUAAUUGAUUCAUCGUCGAUUUUAUAUACACAUUCUGAGAAUUUAUACGUAUUCGUGCGUCCACCUCGAUCCACUUCCACUCCGCAUCACGCAUAUUGACUAGGAAAUGAACAGUUUCGUGAAGUACGAUCACGGGUCGUCGGCCAGUGAAUUUUUUGAACACACCCGACGCACCGAUGCCGAUUUCCGAAGAAUGAUAUACGACUUGAGAAUUGCGAUGUACAAGACAAUAUAUAAGAAAUCAUACUAUUGGCCAGAACAUGUACCUAAAUCCAAUGAUCAUCAAAUUGAACCUGGGUUUACUAUGAUACCGAAACCAAAUGAAGAUCAGUAUAAACAGCUGUAUACACCUACAAUUUUAAUAUCCAGAAAUCUGAGUGAAAAUAAAAGAAUUGUCCCUCCUUUAGAGUAUUCAAUAAGUGACCCAUCAAAAUGUCAAGACGAGGAUUUAAAUGACUCCGAUACACACGCAAAAUCUUUGUACCAAGAAAGCUAUAUAAAUUGGACGCCAAGUCAAGCACAUAAAAAAGAGGAAACACCAGAAGAGUGGGCUCAGAAAUGGAGAAACGAGUGUCACAACGUUCGAGAUGCAGACGAUUUAGUGCAUGACUUAUCGAAUCGAAUUAUCAAAUCGCGAAAGAUGAUAUUAAGUAGAAAGAGGAUCGGCUAUGCUUAGUAAAGUUUUGUUUUAGAAGAUUAAAAUUUAAAACUUUGAUUGCUUUUUAUUAUAUUAUUAUAAUUAUAAUUUAAUUGAAAUUGUUAUUUAUGAAAAUAAACAAUUAAUAUUUUUUUAUUUAAAAGGACAAUAA